AUGCGUUGCAAAUGUGGAUCAGUUGAAAAGUCUUUGGAGGUUUUUCAUGAAAUGGAAGAGAAGGACUCUGUCUCGUUGACUUUAAUCAUCUCUGGACUUGUGGUGAAUGGCAUUUCUAAUCAAGCUCUUGAACUUUUCUCUCAAAUGUUAAGAGAAGAUGCAAGGCCAACCCAUGGAACCUGUUUGGCAUAUUACUUUGUUGCUCGUGCUGGUUUGGUGGAUAAAGGAUUCGAUUUUGUCCACAAUAUUCAAAAUGAUUAUGGAUUCAUGCCAGAAAUGAAGCAUUAUGGGUGUGUGGUCGAUCUUUUAACUUGUGCUGGCAAUCUAUCAAGGGCAUACGAGUUCGUUGAGCAUAUGCCUGUUGUUCCAGAUGUUGCUUUAUGGAGGAUGCGAUUUAUUGCUUGUAGAUUUCAUGGUAAUCUGGUUUCAGGUGAAAUUGCUUCCAACAAGCUUCUUGAAUUAGAUCCAAGUAAUUAUUGGAAUUAUGUACUUACAUCCAGUACUUAUGCUGGAGUAGAGAGAUGGGAUGAUGCUAUAUAA